GGUUUCAAUUCAUUGUGUCUCGAGUGCUACGUUCCGGAUUGAAAGAGAUGAAUCAGUUGGUUAAAACAGAGAUGCAUUGCUGAGAACGGCACGAAAAAACAAAAAAAGAUUGUCAUUCAAGUGGCGAUCGGUACACAAUCUAAGAGGCAAAAUGUCUCAACUGAACAUCAACACUGGGAAGCGAGGGAGAGGAGUUGCAAGUACCUCAGCGUCGUCCGUAUCCGCCAUGAGCAGCUCCACUGACCUGGCAAGUCUUUUCGAGUGUCCUGUAUGUUUCGACUACGUGCUUCCACCUAUUCUGCAAUGUCAGAGUGGACAUUUAGUUUGCACCAAUUGCAGACCGAAACUUUCCUGUUGCCCCACAUGCAGAGGUCCAUUGGGUAACAUUCGUAAUUUGGCUAUGGAAAAGGUGGCUAGUAAUGUAAUGUUCCCCUGCAAAUACUCCACUAGUGGCUGUACAGUUUCGCUGGUACAUACAGAGAAGGCAGAUCAUGAAGAUGCAUGUGAGUUCCGUCCAUACAGCUGUCCUUGCCCAGGUGCGUCUUGUAAAUGGCAAGGAUCGCUGGAGCAAGUGAUGCCGCAUCUUAUUAUGAGCCACAAAAGCAUUACAACUUUACAAGGCGAAGACAUUGUUUUUUUGGCAACUGACAUCAAUCUUCCUGGAGCCGUGGAUUGGGUCAUGAUGCAAUCUUGUUUUGGCCACCAUUUCAUGUUGGUGCUUGAGAAACAGGAGAAAUAUGAUGGACAUCAACAAUUUUUCGCGAUUGUACAAUUGAUUGGCUCCAGGAAGCAAGCAGAGAACUUCGCUUACAGGGAUUAUAUAGGAGGUCCGAAAUAUGAAGGAAAAGAAGAUCUAGUUGAUAAAAUAAUCAUUGUGACAGGAGCCAAUUCUGGUAUUGGAAGGGAGACAGUCCUAGAAUUAGCCAAACGCAAUGCAAGAAUUAUUAUGGCAUGCAGAGACAUGGAAAAAUGUGAAAGGGAACGCCGAAAUAUUGUACUCGAAACGAAGAACAAAUACAUUUAUUGUAGGAAGUGUGAUUUAGCAUCACAAGAAAGUAUUAGAAAAUUUGUUACACAAUUUAAAAAAGAGAACGAUAAACUUCACGUACUUAUUAAUAAUGCUGGUGUGAUGAGAUGUCCAAAGAGUCACACUAAAGAAGGCAUCGAGAUGCAGCUUGGAGUCAAUCAUAUGGGACAUUUCUUACUCACAAACUUGCUUCUGGACGUCCUGAAAGUAUCUGCGCCAUCCAGAAUUGUAAAUCUAACCAGUGCUGCUCAUCGAACAGGCCAAAUAAAUAUGCAGGAUUUUAAUUGGGAAAAUGAUUAUGACGCUGGUAGAGCAUACAGUCAAAGUAAAUUAGCUAUAAUACUUUUCACUCAGGAAUUGGCGAGCAGAUUGAAAGGAACCAAUGUUACUGUGAACGCUGUCCAUCCCGGUAUAGUUGAUACGAACAUAACGCGGCACAUGUUUGUAUACAACAAUUUCUUUACGCGAAUACUCCUGAAGCCAUUUGUUUGGCCAUUUAUUAAAGCACCUUGGCAUGGAGCUCAAUCUGUUUUGUACGCAGCAUUAGAUCCUAGUCUUACAAAUGUUUCCGGAUGUUAUUUAGAUAAUUGCGAAUCUAAGGAAGUAUCAGAGGAAGCAAAGAACGAUAAUCUGGCAAAAUGGUUAUGGAAAGUCAGUGAAAAGUGGACAAAAUUAAAUGUCAUGUUACAGCAUUGAUCAUUGAUGUAUCAUCACGAUGUCACAUUUAUGGAAAUCAGCAGACAAAAGCAUUCAAAAGAAAGUGCUAAAGUCGGAUGUUUUUACAAAGAAGCCAACGGAAUGCUCCACAUGCACUAUUAUUGUAGAGAACAUAAACAUUACUGGAAUGUCUGAAACGGAUUUGAAAGAGAAAUAUCAUACUAAUAUUCUUGAUGGAGAGUCUGAAAAAAUGAUAGUUAUAG